GCUGUCGCGCGUUAAAGAUUGUGGAUCAUGGACGCGGUCAGCUAGCAGGGCUAAUCUUUAAUCUUUAAAUUCACACAUCAGAGGAAAUAACAGUUUACCUGUCGAUUUUCACACAGAAUGACCGACGACUUCGAGAGUCAGGAGGUCCGGUCCAGCGGUGAGCUGUGGACCGAGAUCUGCUCCAGUCUUCCAGAGGUGCAAGCUGAGGCAGCUCCAGAGAACAACUCCGAGUUCAAAGACUCAUUCCAGCCACUAGAACAAGUCGGAGUCCAGGUCAAUGGACAAUCAAAUGGGACAAACAUCAGUUCUCCCAGUGCCAAGUGGGAACCCAUGGAGGAUUCUGAAAUCUACAUAGCCAGUUUAGAGAAUCGCCUGAAAAAAUUAAAGGGGCAAUCCAGUGAUGUGACCUCCAGGGACAUGUUGCGUUCAUUGUCUCAAGCUAAGAAAGAAUGCUGGGAUAGAUUCCUGCACGAUGCCCAGACCUCAGAGCUUUUCCAAGGUGGUGACAUGGAUGAAAGUGCCCUCGAACACUUCAAGAGGUGGUUGAUUCCUGAGAAGGUGGCCAUCAGCGCAGAGGAGCUGGAGUAUCUGCUGAGGCCAUCUCAAAAUAAGGAACCAGCAGGACCAAACGAAACACAAAAUGGAGAGGACACAGAGGGAGAGACACACAACCCUGAGGAAGAUGACACUCACAGCCCAGAGAAAUGAGCACAUUAAAAUAGAAACACUGACAGAAGAACUCAUUUGGAGUGUAUUCAGUAAGGGUGGCUUGUUAGCCCCCGUUCUCAUUUCGAGCUGCGUUACAUCAUUCUGCUGUUUUGACCAAAGCUUUUGUUAUCAGCGGUCAAAGGAGCAAUUACAGCCUGUCAUCAUUCUCUGUAUCCCCAGCAACUGAGUGUUAAGUACUUAUUCAGUCACGUUUUUUGUCUUUGCUAUUCAUCCCUUCAACCACAUCACACCAUGAAAAUAUAUAAUAAAGAGUAUUAUAAAGAGUUGAAAUUAGACUUAUUUGUCCUGCAGCAGCAGAAUUAGCAUCUAGUCUGUCUAGUGACUCCUGCCUCCUAUUUUAUGAGUAACAAGAAUAGCUUGUUACCCUACACACACAUACAAAGGAUAAUGAAGGACCACAUGCAGUAUCAUGUUGUAAAUUAGACUUAUAUGACAUAAGCAAUGCAUUAUCUUCCAGAGACAUUAUUUUUCAGCGUCUCACAACUGUGACAUCUAAAGUAGGAAUAUGAUGUGAUAUACUCCUGAAUAUACUGUUACAUAAUAUGUUACAGUAUAUUCAAUAUACAAUAUUAUUGUUUAACAUCUUUAUUUUUGCCAUGUUGAUUUUACAUAUGACAUUUUACCCUUGUUUCAAUAAAAACAAGUAGAAUUGA